UUUUUGUAUGUGCGUUACGUCACCAUUUCCCGACGGUAGAGACAGCUGAUGCAAAACAUAGCUCGUCUGCUACAUGAUUUUAGUGACUGUAAUAGUUAUUUACGAAUAGAAAACUGACCGAAAUACUGCAAGAAAUUAUGUUACUGCAGAGCAGACUUUCAGAAUCAUGUAUUUUGCUACAAGUUAUGUUUGUUUUAGGAUGCUGUUUCAGUGAUAUGGAUUCGGGGCCUAUCGGUAUGAGUGGAUCUGCUCAACCAAAUGGGGAUCGUUUUAAAAUUGAGGGUCGCGCAAUUGUGCCUGGGGUGAAAACACAAGACUGGAUUUCGUCAGCUCGAAUUAUGGUCGAUGGAGAGGAGUAUAUAGGCUUUUUGAGAACUGAUGGAAGCUUCACGGUCAAUGACGUUCCCUCAGGAUCCUACGUUGUGGAAGUGGUCUCACCAGCAUACAAAUUUGAAGCAGUCCGCGUAGACAUCACAUCAAAGGGGAAAAUGAGGGCCCGUCUUGUGAACUUCAUCAAGACAUCCGAGGUAAUCCGUCAGCCUUACCCGCUGCAGUUGAGGUCCUCUGGGCCACAUACCUACUUCAUGAAGAGAGAGACCUGGGGUUGGACCGACUUCCUCAUGAAUCCCAUGGUCAUGAUGAUGGUUCUUCCCCUACUGAUUAUCGUCCUGCUGCCUAAGGUUGUCAACACCAAUGACCCUGAGAUGAGGAAGGAAAUGGAGCAGUCCAUGAACAUGCUAAACCCCAACCCCGAGCUACCUGACGUGUCUGAGUUUAUGACGAAGCUGUUCUCCGGAUCCAAGGGCUCCAGCAAUCGGGCUGUUGGAGCCAGUAAGACUAGCGGUCGGCCCGCGGUCAAGAGGAGGUAGUAGCAGAGUCUGCCUGAAGGAGCGCUGUAGUUGGUCAGGCCAUGGAAAUAAUAAGAAUAAUAAUACAGUUUUUAAAGAGCUUUUUCAUUCGCCUGUUGUACAGUUGUUUUUGAGAGGAGGCUUUUCUUUCUUGUUUAAGAUACAAGUCUGGACGUCUGACGCAAGUGGAAUGACCGAGGACAUGAGAAGGCUUGAAGUUGUUUCGUUUUUUUCUGCACUGCCCUGUUAAAACCCUUCAACUCGACAAGAAAGGAAGAUUUUACUCCUCAUUUAAUGUUUUGCGUUGUACCUGUGAGUGACUCUGUCAUGCCUGCUUCGCCCGUUCAGCUCUCCAUUGAUCAGCCUCGAUCUCCUUUGAUAGAUAGUAUAAUAUAACAUUUACUGUCGCUAUUCCUUUGGUGUAUCAUAUUUACUGCUGCUGCAUUUCAGAAUCAUAUGUCAAUUCUAAUUCUUCCACUACUUGAAUGAGAGCUUAUAUCAAUAUUCAGAGAUUUUCUUCUUUUUUUUUUUUCUCUCUUUUUUUUUUGUUGAGUAAUACGACUGUGAAUGGACUGUAAAAUGGAUUCAAUUUUAAUUAUUAAGAAAAAAAGUACUUAUUUAAAUACCAAGGUAAAUAAAAUUGUAGAUGGUA